UUAUCAAUCACUCUCUUAGAAACAACUCACGGACACCAUGUCCGUGCAGGUCGGCGUCCACUCCUCGUCGGAGCCGUCGUCGCCGAGGCCGCCGAAGCACCACGUGGGCGGGGGCUCGGCGUCGUCCGCGGCGUCUGUCGUCGUCGUCGUCGCGAGCUGUCGAAAGUCGGGCGGCGAGGGUGGGGAGUCGGGCGGCGAGGGCGGCGGCGUCGGCUUGAGCGUCCGUCGGCACUCGGUGAUCUGCUCCUCGAAGGUCGGUGGCGACUGCAGCUCGUCGGCGGCCAGGGCGAUCUGUUCCGCGAACGAUGGCGAACGAGGGGACUCGUCGUCCACGACGGGCGCGACCGUGCUGCAGACCGGCGUCGUCAGCGUGGGCGGCGGCGCCACGGAGAUGGGCGACUCCUUCUUCCUUUGCGCGAUGCGGCGUGGGCGCAUGUGGGCGCUGCUCAUAAUCUACGGUCGAUGGGGCUGAUGCCGCGCUUCGUGGGUCGCUGGAGCUCGGGUACGAGCUUGGGAUGCAAUGCAGCAAACAAUGUCAAAUCGGCUGCCCCUCGCGGGGACUCGGUACGUGCGCGUUACGCUGCGGCGACCGUGGCGUUCCGGAAUCGAUAAAAAAAUAUCAAAUAGACUCUACUACGCAGCCCCGGAUCAGCGCCGCGCAUGACAACAACA